CGUCAGCAGCAGCAGCACCAACACCACCGCUGCGCUGCGUUUCCGCCUUGGCUGAGCGGCGCACACAGCCGAGAGGGGAGGGGAGGGAAGCCGAGAAGAAGAGCCACCGAGACGCAGUGGGGCACAGCACGGACUGCGAGCAAAUCACAUCGACGCACCGACAUCCCAGCUGCCGAAUUUGAACGUCAAGAAGCGACCUGUGCGCUGCGCGCCGAAGCCUUCCAGCAUGGAGACUGCGUUAAAAAAAGAGCACUAAAAUGUGAGAUUUACAGAGGAAAUCAGAAGAGAGAGAGAGAUAGAGCGAGCGAGCCAGUGUGUGAGAGAGAGAGAGAGAGAGAGAGAGAGAGAGAGAGUGUGAGAUAGAGAGCGAGCGAAAGUGGCUAUCCCCUUUAUCUUUUGCGGGUGAUCUCAAUUCUGUGCGCUGCAGUCUGAAAAUGAAGAAGUUCAACAUCAGGAAGGUGCUGGACGGCUUGAAAGAGGUUUCCUCCUCCACCCCGUCUGUCCAAGUGGGGCCACAGGAGAACCAUCUGAUCCAGGAGACCCUCCAGUCCGACCACUUCCAGCUCUGCAAGACUGUCCGUCAUGGCUUCCCCUACCAGCCGUCGUCCAUGGCUUUCGACCCCGUGCAGAAGAUACUGGCCAUCGGCACCCAGAGUGGGGCGCUCAGAUUGUUUGGUCGUCCAGGGGUGGAGUGCUACUGUCAACACGAGAGUGGAGCAGCCGUCAUCCAGCUACAGUUUCUCAUCAAUGAGGGAGCGCUGGUGAGUGCUCUGGCUGACGACAGUGUUCACCUGUGGAACCUGAGGCAGAAGAGACCUGCCAUCCUCCACUCACUCAAGUUCAGCAAAGAGAG